ACUUGGUUGACGAUUGCGGAAGUGAGUUGUAGCCUUAGCCCUGGUAACUCCAAACCAAAACACACGCGAUUUUUUUCGUGUUAAAUGGCCAAAUGAAUCCGAAGUACUGUUAGACGUCGCCUCGACUCGGUCCCUUCAACACACCCGCCGUGUGUCUGCGUGUGUCGGACGACUGAGGAGCAGCCGGACGACCGAGAUGGAGCAGGACCCCGAUGGUACCGGAGCAGAGUCUGCGGCUCCAUCACCAGCAGGUGCAGCCAGGUCAAAGCUGGACACGCUGUCCAAAGAUGACCUCAUCAAGUUUGCCAAGAAGCAGAUAGCUGCCAUGCAGAAGAUGAAGGGCAAGUAUGCAGAUUUGGAAAGAGAAGUUGCAUCCUUCAAACAUCAAUCCAAAAGCAGUAACGGCAGCUCAGAUGACGCCACACUGAUACAGGAGCUGACGGACAGGAUGGACGCCUUGCUGCUGGAGAAGGCAGAAGUUCAGCAGAGUCUCGUGAUGUCUCGUAAAGAUCUAGAGAGGACCAAGAAGCAAGCAAAGGAUGAUCUUGUGGUGCUGCAAGGAAAGCUCGACCAUGUGAUAGAAGACCACCAAAGAAAUAUCAAGGAGCUGGAAAGCAGUAUUAAGGAAUCCAACAAUAAACACCAAGAGGAAGUGGCUUAUUUCCAGAAAUUACUUAAAGAGCGAGAAGAGAGUGACCGGGACAGCGAAAGGGAGAGGGAGCGCCAAGCUGAACAUGCUGGCUCAAAAGAGAGUGCAGAGGAAGUCCGCCGUUGCAUAGAGGUUCAGCUGCAGACCCUUCGAGCUGAACUGGAAGCUACCCACAAGCGCAAAACCCAGGAGGUUUCUGAGCUGCAGGAGAGCCACCAAAGGGAUCUGACGGAGGCCCAGCAGGAGGUGGAGAACCUGAAGGAGGAGCUGGCACAGAAGAGUCUGCAGCACGAGGAGGAAAUGAGGGCUCUGGAGGAGGACUGUGAGAUCGAGAGGGACCGCCUCCUGUUGCUCCACGACGAGCUGACGGAGCAACUCGCCCUCAAAGACAGCUAUCUGCAGGAUGUACAAGAGGAAGAUGAGGACCCUACCCGUGGUUCAGGGAUCGCCAAAAUGCUGGCGCUAUCUGGCUUAAGUCAGGGUGAUUCCAGUCAUGUGGAUGGAGAGGAGAGCAGCAGACUGAGAGCAGGUCUGGACGACCUUCAAGCCCAGAACACCAUGCUGCAGGACGAGCUCACCCUGCUCGGUAAUGUGAAGAGCGAGCUGGAAGCAGAGCUGGAGAGAGCCAGGGAGGAGUUCCAGUUGGAGAGAGAAGAGCUGGAGUUCAAAGUCAAUGAGCUGCAGAUGACCAGGGAAAGUAGCUCCGCUGAUGCUGUAAUGACGCUCGAUCCUGACCAUCAACAGGUCCAGGGAGAAGCCAAAGACUCAGCAGUGAAUCGAGAGGAGCAGCAGAAGCUAAACCAGGAGCUGAGGGACCAAUGUGAGACCUUGACAAGGGACAGAGACUCUGCCCUGGCUGAGUGUCAACACAUGAGGGAAAUACUUCAAGGUGUAGAGACAGAACUGGUCGAGAAGACGAAAGCUUUUGUUCUUCAGUACGAAGCCAUGAAGGAGAAGGGAGCUUUUACGCUGCGAGAACUCCAGGACAUUGUACAACAGCUCAGCCAAGAGAGAGAUGCACUGUUGGUUAGGGUCAAAGAUGUUACAGAGGAGAACAAUACUCUGACGGAGAACAUGGCACAACAACACCUGAAGCCCGAAGGUUCCCCAGGUGGAGACCAGAAACUCCAGGCAUCUUUAGAUGAACAAACAGCUUUAUCCCGUGAGCUGAAACUAUCUGUGGAGGAACUAACCAGGCAGAAUGAGGAGACACUCGCCCAAAUGCAGAUGAAUGAAGACACGACCCAAGACCUGAAGGAGAUGGUCAACACACUGACUGAAGAUCGAGACAAAAUACAAUCCCUGCUUCAGGUGCGAGAAGAGGAAAUGCAAAAGCUGAACAAUGACAUAGCAAAAGAAUUAGAGAGGCUGCUGGAGGAGAAAGAGAGAGAGGCCCUUUUGCUGACGGAGGAGAAAGAGAAGGAGCUGAAAUGCUUGAGAAAAGAGAAGGAGGAUGAGGUGAAACAUCUGAACGAGGAGGGGAUAAAGAUGGAGGAGAGCCUGAAAGAGGAGGUGAAAAGAAGGCAGGAGACAGUAGCUGCCUUAGAGCAGACUAUAAAAGGGCUUGCAGCAGAAAAGACUGACCUCCAUCAGAAACUGGAAGAGGCGUCCUCAGAGCUCGCCAAAGCCCAGGAAGAAAGGGGGCUCUCUGGCUCCAAGCUGGCAGCCCUGGAGGCUCAGCUGGAGCAGGAGACGUCUGACAAGCGUCACCUGGAGGUGAAGUUGAACUCUGCGUCAGAGGAAGCAGAGCAGGCCCACACCUCCAACAGCGCCCUGGAAGAGAAGAUGAAUGAAGUCGUCAAAAAUUCCACCGAUGAGGUCGAGAAGCUGCGAGCACGAGUAGAUGAGCUGGAACAGGAGAGGGAUCUUUUGAAAUCUAGUGUUGAAGAGGCGCGAGGGGAGAGGAGACCAGAGGAGGUUCAACACGAGCUCCAGGCCCACAUCAAAGACCUGGAGCAGGAGAGGAACUCGCUGAGAUACAAUGUGAAGGAGCUGGCAAAGGACAACGAAGGGCUGCAAAAAGACCUGCUGGAAACGAAGUCAGUCGGCGAGAAGAUUAGCGAGGAGAACCAGACUCUGCAGGCUCGAAUCUCUCUGAUGACUGAGGAGAAAGAGAGAGAGGCCCUUUUGCUGAAGGAGGAGAAAGAGAAGGAGCUAAAACGCUUGAGAAAAGAGAAGGAGGAUGAGGUGAAACAUCUGAACGAGGAGGGGAUAAAGAUGGAGGAGAGCCUGAAAGAGGAGGUGAAAAGAAGGCAGGAGACAGUAGCUGCCUUAGAGCAGACUAUCAAAGAGCUUGCCGCAGAAAAGACUGACCUCCAUCAGAAACUGGAAGAGGCGUCCUCAGAGCUCGCCAAAGCCCAGGAAGAAAGGGGGCUCUCUGGCUCCAAGCUGGCUGCCCUGGAGGCUCAGCUGGAGCAGGAGACGUCUGACAAGCGUCACCUGGAGGUGAAGUUGAACUCUGCGUCAGAGGAAGCAGAGCAGGCCCACACCUCCAACAGCGCCCUGGAAGAGAAGAUGAAUGAAGUCGUCAAAAAUUCCACAGAUGAGGUCGAGGAGCUGCGAGCACGAGUAGAUGAGCUGGAACAGGAGAGGGAUCUUUUGAAGUCUAGUCUUGAAGAGGCGCGAGGGGAGAGGAGACCAGAGGAGGUUCAACACGAGCUCCAGGCCCACAUCAAAGACCUGGAGCAGGAGAGGAACGCGCUGAGAAACAACGUGGAGGAGCUGGCAAAGGACAACGAAGGGCUGCAAAAAGACCUGCUGGAUAUGAAGUCAGUUGGCGAGAAGAUUAGCGAGGAGAACCAGACGCUGCAGGCUCGAAUCUCUCUGAUGACUGAGGAGAAAGAAGAGAAGGAGAAAGGGGAAACAGAGAAUGUGGAGAAAGAGAGCGGAGAUCACAGAGAACAGCUGGUGGAGAAAGACUCGCUCAUAUCUCAGUUGAGGAUUGAGAUGGCUGCUCUACAGGAGUCUGCAGCCCAAUCUGCUUCCUCUGGGGAAACUGCAGCCAAUGAGAUCACACAGAAAAUAGCGAUCCUGGAGAAGGAAAACAAAGAAAAGAACGACAAGAUGCACAAAAUCAAGGCGGUGGCCGUCAAGGCGAAAAAGGAGCUCGACGUCAGUAAGAAAGAGAUUGCAACCCUCAACGAGGAAGUGGAAUCACUGAGGGCCGACAGGGAGAAGGUGAACAGCUCUAUGAAAGACAUCAUCCAUGGUGCUGAGGGCUACAAGAAUCUGCAGAUAGAUUACGACAGGCAAACAGAGCAACUGGAUAAGGAGAGAGAGAAGGUGGAGGCGGCAGAGAGACAGAUUGCGGAGCUGACCAAACGACUCAGCAGUGCUGUCACACAGAAGGAGACAUUGAAUGGUGAGAAAGAGGACCUGUUGGCUGGUGUGGAGACCAUUAGGAGCACAGUGAGGCAGCUGGAGGCCCAGAACCAGGAGCUGCAGAGACACUCGGCCAGUCUGGACAGAGACCUGCUGGCUGAGAGGGCGAUGAAAGAACAGAAGAUCAAGGACUUGUCAUCUGCCAACAAGGAGGUAGAAGAGCUGACAGCCCAGCUCCACAAGCAGCAGCAGCAGUCUCAGCAGACUGCUCAGGAGUUGGAGCAGCUACGCAAGGAGGCGCAGCAGAACUCACUGAUGGACAUGGAGAUGGCCGACUACGAGCGUUUGGUGAAGGACCUCAACACCAAACUCUCGGAGGGAGACAAGUGUGCUGAUGAGUUGAAGACUCAGAUAAACGUACUCUCCCAGAAGGAGGACGCGCUCAAGCAGGAAAUCAAGGCUUUGAAGUCCCAGCUGGACCAGGGGGAUGAUAAGACCUCCAAGAUGAAACAGCUGCUGGUGAAGACCAAGAAGGACUUGGCCGAUGCCAAGAAACAGGAGAGCUCGCUCAUGAUGCUGCAGGCCUCUCUGACAGGAGAGCUGGAGGCCAACCAACAGCAGCUAGAAAGCUUAAAGAUUGAGGUGUGCGAGCUGUCGGCGGAGCGACAUCGUCAGCAGGAGCAGCUGAGGUCGGCAUCGGAACAGCAACAAAGAACCUGCAGCUCCCUGCAGCAUCGCAUCAACAGCCUGCUGCAGGAGAGAGACGAUGCUAAGGCUGAGCUUGUGGCAACAACUGGAGAGUUUGAGGGUUACAAGGUGCGAGUUCACAAUGUGCUCAAGCAGCAGAAGACCAAAACCACGGCUCAGAGUGAAGGAGAGACUGGCAAACUGGAGAGGGAGCACCUGUCCUCUCAGGUAGACCAGCUGAAGUCCAGGCUGGCAGAAAGCCAGCAGAGCCUCCAGAGCAGCAUGGCAGAGCUGCAGCAGCUCCAGAACGAACAUGACACUCUUCUGGAGAGACACAAUAAAAUCCUCCAGGAAACUGUGAGCAAGGAGGCCGAGCUCCGCGAGAGGCUGUUGUCAGUGCAGUCGGAGAACAUGGCUCUGCGGUCAGACCUGUCCCAGGCUCAGGCCGACCUGUUGUCUCAGGUCGAGGCCCAGCGGCAGGCGUACAGGGAGCAGCUGAGGAAGGUGCAGGAUGACCACCGAGCAACUGUGGAGACGCUGCAGAGUCAGCUGACCCGAUUUGAGGAGCAACUCUUCACCCUGCAGAGCCAGAACAUUUCAGUGUCGGUCCAGUCCAGCCGUAAGCCACUGGCAUCAGACCCCCUGCGCAGAAACACGGACCAGAACCAGACCGGACUGGGACUAGUGGGCCUCAACGACCUUCAGUCUAUGGCCAGGGAAGAGGGUGAGGGUAUGGAGACGACUGAGAGUGAAAGCCCCUCUCCUGCACUCACACCCCUUCCCUCUCUGGAGCAGCUUCUCAUGUCCCCGAAUCCCAAACAAGAGCCGUUUGUGUGGACAGUGGAGCCGACCAAACAAGAGCUCAGCCAAAAGCUGACCACGGCUACCCGCAGCAUGGAGCAUAUGAACAGCCUGCUGCACGAAACCGAGGCCACCAACGCCGUGCUCAUGGAGCAGAUCACAUUGUUGAAGAGUGAAGUCCGUCGUCUAGAGCGUAACCAGGAGAGGGAGAAGAGUGUGGCCAACCUGGAGUAUCUGAAGAAUGUCCUGCUGCAAUUCAUUUUCCUGCGAUCUGGCAGCGAGAGGCAGGGACUGCUGCCCGUUAUUCACACCAUGCUGCAGCUCAGUCCAGAGGAGAAAAGCAAACUGGCUGCCAUUGCACAAGGUGAGGAGGAGGGGUCCGGGUCUCGAGGCUCAGGCUGGACCUCCUAUCUCCACAGCUGGUCUGGAAUCAGAUAGACCCGCUGAACAACCUGAUCAACCAACGUAUCAGGUGCUCAGCUCUUAAGACGUCACUGGACCUUUUUCUGUGAAAACCUGUCCAUUUGAAACAGUGGCAAACGAUUGGGAGGUUAACUGGGGCAUUUAAAAAAAAAUGUUUGGGACAGUAGAAUGGUCAGUAAAUAUGGGACAGAGAUGAAACCAAAUCAUUUUUGGCGAAGAUCGAAUUAGCAGUGCAAUAGUCUCAAUAAUCAGUCUCGUCAAUGAAUGUUAACUGUGAUGUGGUUCUGUCUUCCAUAUUCUAAUUAUUGAAACGAAAUAUGAUAUUUACCGCGCAUGGUUGCACUUCCUUGAAGUGAAGCUCUUGAGGCAUUAUCAGGCAUCAUUAUCACAAUGAGAAUAUUGUGAAUAGGUUUGAUAUUAUGAUGUUGUAAGAGCAACAUUGUAUAAUACGAAUGAUGUGUGAAAAAUUGUGUGGGAGGAAUGAAUCAAGGGGGUAACUGUAGUCCAUGGCAAAACUUGAUAUUGAUAUUCAGAUGUUUGAUUUCUCUGCAAGAAAAUUGUACUUACACUUCUAAUUUGCUAGUAAUGGGUUGUAAACACAGUACACUUGAAGGACUGUACUGUUUAGUUAAUCUUUUGGGACAAAUAACCUUCAGCUGUUUUAAAGGGCAAACUGAGGCGAUUAAGAAUCUUGAAUAUGUUUUCUCUACCUUACAGGCAGCCAUUUUGAAUCAUUUCUACUUUUACCUUUUAAUUGUCGUCGCCUUGAACGUAAAAGGUGAUUAAUUUCAUGGGCUGGAUCACACUUAGCCACUGGUGUGGUCCAACUACUUCCCAGUAUAUCAUAAAAUCACUUCAUAUAUUGAAAAAAAGUUAAUAUGUAACAUUAUCAGGUUCCCCAUGACUGACUAACUGAUAGAGCAAUAUCAUAUUUGGUACAUUAGCACUUUUUCUGACUGACUGUGCAGUUGUCCAGUUCACCAACGCCUGAAUGAAGCAGUUAAAACUUCCGUCUGGUAAGCCCGUGGUUCAUCAUAUGCAGGUUGGAAUUUAUUUUUGGUUUCUGUGUCAUUUGUUGUUGUGGUGGUGGUUGUUAACUAAUACCAAACUAUUAUUUUCACGUUUUGGGGAAAUCUCUGCUGUGAAACCUCCGAACAUGAGAAAUUUGUCGCAGCUUCGUCUGCUGACAGCUGCCUUGUCAGUUCCCGUGACAUCAAGCACAUCCACCUUGCUAAUGUCAAGUGCACGACUCCCUCCCCAACCCAUGGGUGCUCCUUCAUACACUGUCCCAUCAUGACCUCUGACCUUCCUGUUGAGCUUGGGGGGGGGGGCACUAUUCCGCACAGAAGUCCCUCCUUCUCCUAAAACACACAUCCAUUACACAAAGACAUUUUUACUGAAGUCCGACCAAUGAUGAAGAUAACCGGCUUGUUUGUUUUUUCAUUCCACUGGCAGCUCUUUUUGUGUGUGUGAUUCCUUCAGCGUGAGUGAAUGUAUUUUUAUUCAAGGCUUUUAUAUUUAUGAGGGAUCAUGUCAGCAGAACAAGCUAUGAGAGAAUCGUAACCUAUAAGUAAGAGUGAAUAAGCAUUUACUGUAGAUGAACUAGUUCGCUAGUUAGCACAUAGUACUGAGGUCUGUGCUGAAAUCUUAAUUUACACAAGGCAAUGGCUAAUUUGUGGGAAUUUUUCUGGUUUAUUUCUAACUGUAAACACAAAUAAAGGCAAUAUGGAUGAGAA